AUGUUUAACAAUUGCGUUUUGUUCUCUAUCUUUGCAGGCAGCACAUCGAAUCCCGAUGCUAAACGUCUAUACGACGAUCUUCUCAGUAAUUACAACAAAUUAGUACGACCCGUUGUCAAUGUUACCGACGCUCUAACCGUACGUAUCAAAUUGAAAUUAUCGCAGUUGAUUGAUGUCAAUUUGAAAAAUCAAAUCAUGACAACCAAUUUGUGGGUGGAACAAUCGUGGUACGAUUAUAAAUUGCAAUGGGAGCCAAAGGAAUAUGGUGGUGUUGAAAUGUUGCAUGUGCCCAGUGAUCAUAUAUGGCGACCGGAUAUUGUUUUAUAUAAUAAUGCUGAUGGUAAUUUCGAAGUAACUUUAGCUACAAAGGCCACCCUUAACUAUACAGGACGUGUUGAAUGGCGGCCACCUGCUAUUUAUAAAAGUUCUUGCGAAAUUGAUGUCGAAUAUUUUCCUUUCGAUGAACAGACGUGUGUUAUGAAAUUUGGCAGUUGGACAUAUGAUGGGUUUCAGGUUGAUUUACGCCAUAUUGAUGAAUUAAAUGGUACAAAUAUUGUUGAAGUUGGUGUAGAUUUAUCAGAGUUUUAUACAUCCGUAGAAUGGGAUAUUUUAGAAGUACCUGCAGUAAGGUAA